CUUCAAACCUCCACUGCUACCACUCAAAUACCAAAUUUUUAUAAUAUUAUAUAUCUCUCUUUAUACAAUCCCAAACAAUCCAGAACAAAAAAUAUUCAAUGUCUUCUUCAUGCGCUACAUUACCACACAGAGUAACAACACCACAUUGUUCUUCAGUCAAUAACAAACUUACUCCCACCCUCAAAGUCCAUCCUUACAGAAAUAGAUGUGGUUUAAGUAGAAGAAAUUUAGCCACAAAAGGAAUAGUUGUUGUUGGAGCUUCAGUUAUGCCAUCUACCUUAGCACCUGAACCUGCUCAAGGUUUAGAGAGAUUACCUUUCAAGAAUGAAGGAUAUAAGUUUUGGACAUGGAGAGGUCACAAGAUUCAUUAUGUUGAACAAGGAGAAGGUUUUCCGAUUGUUCUAAUUCAUGGUUUUGGUGCUUCUGCUUUUCAUUGGAGGUACAAUAUACCUGAAUUGGCUAAAAAGUACAAGGUUUAUGCUGUGGACUUACUCGGUUUUGGCUGGAGUGAGAAGGCACUCGUUGACUAUGAUGCAUUAGUGUGGAGAGACCAGGUUGCCGAUUUCUUGAAAGAGAUAGUGAAAGAACCAACAGUAUUGGUUGGAAAUAGUCUUGGAGGGUUUACUGCUUUGGUGGCAGCAGAAGCAAUGCAACAGCAAGUUGUCGGCAUCGCAUUACUGAACUCUGCCGGACAGUUCGGAAACACAGAUGAUGCAACCACCACCGAGGUCGAAGAAUCCCCCCUGCAAAAGUUUCUUCUGAAGCCACUAAAGGAUGUUUUCCAGCGCAUAGUUCUUGGAUUCUUAUUUUGGCAAGCCAAACAACCAGCUCGCGUUGAAUCCGUCUUGAAGAGUGUGUAUAAAAAUACAUCAAAUGUUGAUGAUUAUCUCAUUAAAUCAAUUAUCAGACCAACAGAUGAUCCAAAUGCCGGAGAAGUCUAUUACAGAUUAAUGACACGAUUUAUGUCAAAUCAGAGAAAGUACACACUCAACAGUGUGCUGAGCAAACUUUCUUGCCCAUUGUUGUUAGUUUGGGGAGACUUAGACCCGUGGGUGGGUCCUGGAAAGGCAACCAGCAUCAAAGAGUUCUAUCCAAACACAUCAAUUGUAAAUCUACAGGCAGGACAUUGUCCCCAUGAUGAAGUCCCUGAGCUUGUCAACAAAGCCUUGGUAGAGUGGCUAUCUGCUCUACCAUCCACAUCCAUUGCUCCUCAAAUCGUAUAAACAUUUUAUACCAAAACUUGUAAGUAUAUAUGCCCUGUAUAUUCAUGGAUCACAUAAUCUGAUGAAAUACUUAAAAAAUUCAGUCCUCCGAUUAGGGUAUGUUUAGUUGGUAUUGAAAGCAUGUUAACGAGAAAGGAUGGACUUGUGAACAAAUUGUGGGGUGCUUUUGUAAACAGAUAGUUGGGCAAGCAAGUUGAACUAUUAAGAAGUCGUCUGAAGUCUGUAUCUUUGUUACCAUUGACUUGUCUAGCUCAUUGGAUUUAUACAUGUUCCGGUUAUAUUA